ACUACAUAUUAAAAUCUUAACUUGGCAUUUCUUCAUGCUCGCUGUCAAAGUAGAUGUACAAGUUAACUUUUACAUAGCUUUCAUCGACUUGUGUGACUGACAUGUACGUAAUGUUACACUUUCUACGUAUCAUAUGACCGUUAGCUUGUCAAACCGUGAAUGGGCGUUGAUCGUAACGUUAGACGAGCCGUUACACAUUUACACACAGUGUGACAAGCGUAAAUGUUAAUGGCCUUUCAAGCAACAGCAAGAAAUUAAGUACGUUACUUUCCUGUUCAUUAUGUUAACUAGGUUGAAAAGUAGCGUGAUAUUAUAUUUAUUUCACACGUCAUGAAACACGCUAAGUGCAUCACCUUUAUCCUUAAUUAUCGUUUAGCUACUUUAUUUGUUCAUUAAUGUAUCAUAAAAGGCCUAAUCAGUUUAGGACUGCUCCAUGUACUGUAUCGUCAAACUCAGUUCACACUUACGGCAGUUUGCUGCGGAUGCCGCCGCCCAGUGCACUGUUUGGCAGCACUCUGUGCCUUACAAAGCUGUAAUCUGACGGAAAAUUACAUUUUAUCAGACUACUUAAUUUUCCGAAUUAACAAAAUGAGCCUUAGGACUCAGUAUGUAUUUAAUAGGAAAUGUUUCUCAGUGAUAUUUACUAAUGAGUCAGAAAUAAAAUAUUUGUGUUAUUUUUUAAAUGGAGUUUGGUGUGUGGUUUAGUCCUCCUCAUAGCCUGAACAUACCUGGGUGUGAAGACAUGGGAAAUUGGCCAGAUCAUGUUAACUUCUGCUUAAGUAUUGUAGCAAAUGGCAAAUGUUUAUUAAGAAAAAAUGACUCAAUGUUAAAGUCAUGACUUCAGUUGGCUGAAAAAAGUCAACACACCUCUCAGAACUUAAAAGGUGUUUGUUAUUUAACAAAGCCAAGAUGACUCAUUUCAAAACUUACUCUCACAUUUAAUAUCACAUUAUUGGGACAUAUAAUAUGUAAAUUAAAAUUGAAAAACAAGCAAAAAGUUUCUAUUUGGAGGGGGAAACGGUUGCAUAUUGUUAGCCUCAGAAAAAAAGAAAAAACAAAACAAAACAAAUUUUGGCAAACAGGAUGUUUUUUUUAAAUUUAUACUGUAACAGUAAGUUCUACCACAUAUGUGAACAAGUUUCUUAAACAAGAAAAGCCACAACAAGGACUACAUAACAAAUGAAAGUGACUCAAUAGAUAAUGAAGAUUAUAAUUAAUUUGAUGACUUAGGUAUAUCGUGAUUAUUGACUGUAACAACCACUCUGAUUGGCUGAGGAUAUAGGCAAUAAGGCACAAUGAAUCAACAGCAUUAGGAGAGUAGUAUUAGGCAGAUAUCACAAUUUGGCCUGAUUUGGUUUAGACUGUAUUAUAACAAUCAUUCUUGUUGGAAUAGGAGUGGCAUAUCUCACUUAGGCACACUUCCUUGCAGAAGCACCCAAAAUUGUCUGAUUGCAAAAACAUUUCCUUUGCAAUUGAGAUGCACUGACUUUAAAAAUCAGGGCCAAGGCAGAUGCUUAUAAUCACAACAUUUAUUUCAUUUAGGGCUGAAAUGAUUCUUCAAGCAGUGAGAGUCACUUGAUUACAAAAAAUCUUUGAGUCAAAUUAUCUGUGACUAGGCGUGGCUUAAGUUUGGGCAUUGCGCUGUGUGUUGCAUGGUGUGCUGUGUUUUGCAUGGAUGGUUUUAUUAAUAUUAUUAUUAUUUUUUAAACCUUUAUUUAACCAAAAAAAAACAUUGAGAUUGAGAUCUCUUUCACAAGAGUGAUCUGACCAAGAGGACAGCAACACACGUCAUAAUAUUUGUGGAACAAUGCACUUGUUUUCGUGUAGCUAAUGUGCAGUAAAGAUGAUGCAAGGUGUGAAAAUCAUCAAGGAGGAAUGAGAGAAGAUGAUACAGUGAUGGCAAAAGCUAUGCUUCACAACAGAUAAACAUCUGCUGCUGAUGCCGGCUCACAGCCACAUUAUCUGCUGAUGGGAGAUGUUUGUCAAAAGGGCUAAUACUGGCCAACACUGAUGUUAAAUCUUGUGUGCAUCCCAGAGUUUUCACUUGACUUUUUGCUGUCAUUUUGACAGACAUGGUCAAAAUUUGAUCAUACCAUUUUUUACAAUCUUUACUUUUGACUUUCUCUCUUUAAUAGUUUUUAUAUGAUGAUGAAAGAUUACCUGUUUGAUAGAAUUCAUAUUAACAAAGCACCCUUUUCACAAUAUUCUAUACAAAGAACAGUCUUUGAGGUUAUACAUGUUUUUUAUCACAUGGAGAGAAAAGAAUAAAACCACAGCACAGUGUUAACUUCUCAUGUAAUUUUUCACACCAUGAAAAUGGAGCACAAUCCCUGUCCUCCAGCAAGCAAAAUGAGUUGUGCCAUUUAAGAUAUUUCAGAUUCAUACAACUUUAUUUAUCCCAAAGAGCAAUUCAGUUUCUGCAGUCUUCCAAGACCGUACAAAUAUUUAUAAACAGCAACAACAGGAAAUGUCAGAGACAGUAAUAAAUAAAUCACCAGUACAUAGACGAUGAUGCUCGUUGGCACGCAGACCCCCUCAUGUGGCCCCUUUUAGAAUGACACACCCAGUGUCUGUCAGGCAAGAUUAAAAUGCAUGUUUAAGAAUAACAGCAGGCAAAAGAAAAAAAAGAUACACUAAGAUGACAUUAUAAGUCUACAGUCAGAAUGUGUGAAAGAGCCACCAGCACAAGAACACAGUUUAGACCACUCAGGAAAACACAAGUUUUCAAUCAUGACACUACUAUCAAGGUUUUACAGUCUGAUGGCAGAAGGAAUGAAAGCUCUAAAACAGCAGUUUGUGCUCCUACAGGGCUUUAUAAAGUGGCGGCCUGAGGGCAUUGAAGUAAACUAAGAGGACAGGAUAUGGUCACAAUGGAGAAUUAUUCCUUUAACUUUUUGGACCGCCUGUACUUCUCUCACAAAGAACACAGAUCUCUCUGCUGGAAUCCAAUUAUUUUGAAGCACUGAUAUCAAUAUUUAGUAGUUUGAAGAACACAGCUGAUUCACAAGUUGUUAAAAGGCUGCCCUGUAGAGCCCUGUAUGUUAAUGCCUGCUCUGCUGGAUGUCUGACCAUUACCAGGCUGAAGAAAGGUGUGACAGAAGAUGUCAGCAUCUGCACAACUUUUGUCCAUUCUUGUCAAAUGGUCAGUCUUAAGAACACUGCAUUCUAUUUAAUAAAUUACAAUAAUGAAACUAGAAGGGACAAUUUGAUGUGACAGUCACAUCCUCCUCAUCAUGCACAAUGGCUCUGUCUGCACACAUGUGGAGGAGCUGACAGCUACAGACUGAUUUAACUACUAAGUUAACAGUGCUGAAAAAGUGGCCUAUAACAGACUUUAUUUAGGCUAAGCAUCAUUUAUGAAGUCAUACCUCUGAUCCCUGGAAAAUUUACGUGUGCGAUCUCAUAAAUACUAGAGAGCACUCAACCUGCUCUCAUCACCAUUAUUUACCCUUCAAGAGGCUGUCACUCUUUGUGAUCAGGUAGAUUGAAUAUGAAGAGAACAUUAUUUUCAAGAAAUAAAUGUGAAAUGGCUCAGCCUCUUUGUGCAGGUGAUUCUUUGCAGUGGCCUGCAUCAAGAUACAUGCAAAAUAUUCAGAAUAACUAUGUCUUCAAUUUAAAAUCAAAGCCACCAUUUAGUAGACAGUGUAUAAAGUUUGUACAAUGUGCUCAUUGCUUAAAACGCUGCACAACGUUUGAAACAUGCUGACCUUCUUCACCACAACAUCAGCGGUGUCCCUCUGUAACUGAUGUGCUCGGACAUCUCUAGCCCGGCCCCUCCGUUCACUUUAAACACUCAGAAAGUGACGUGGGUUCAGUAAGCUACAAUAUCAAACUCAGGCUGGGAUAAAACCUGUUUAUCACAGGAAUACUUUGUGAUAUUUAAAAACCUCCAUCAUGGACCAUCUGUGCAAACUAGAAAAGGUCUAUCUAUGGGAGUGUGAUGGCAUGCAGGGUCAUUCUCAUUAUUCCAGUUUGGUCAAGUGAUGAACAGCCUUGAAAAAUUUCUGUCAAAGAUGGAGAUUUUUCUGUGAAUUCAACCUGUUUGGGUGACCCUGUUCUGUACAGCCAUCUUCAGAUGACUCCACAAAUUUUCAAAAGGAUUUAGGUCUGGGCUCUGCUUGGGCCUUUCCAGAACACCAGUCCUUCUCGCAGAUGCCUCCAGGCUGUGUGCCAAAACUUGGCUGGUAUUUGGAACUUAGGUCCUGACAUUAUAACUGCCUGCUGGACCAGAUGAAGAUUGAGAGAGUCCAGUCCAGCUGAUUUCAUGCUAUAUUAUAUAUAUAUAUUAAAAGUCUGUCUUUAUGUGUUUCAUUUGGUGUGUUUGAGUGCAAGUUGCUGAGGCUGUGAUGGCGGCAGCCGGAAUCCCAGGCUCAAGGGCCACUGACUGUGUGACGAAGGUGGCAAUUAGCAUCGCCUGCGAGAAUCUGCUUGACAUGGAUACUUUCUCAAAGUCGGACCCGUUGUGCGUGCUCUUUAUGACCAGCUCAUCAGGACCUCAUUGGACUGAGAUUGGCCGGACAGAGAAAAUCCAAAACUGCCUUAAUCCAAAGUUUUCCAAGACUUUUGUCAUCGACUACUACUUUGAGAUGGUGCAGAAGCUUAAAUUCGAAGUCUAUGACAUUGAUAGUGAAAACUGCAGUCUGCGCGAUGCUGAUUUCCUGGGAGAACUGGAGUGCACCUUGGGACAGAUUGUGUCCUCAAGAAAACUAACCAAGCCACUGUUAAUGAAAGACAAAAGACCAGCAGGACGAGGAACUAUUACUGUAUGUGCAGAGGAAAGAACAGAUAACAGGGUGGUGGAAUUUGAAGCCUCAGCUAGGAAACUGGAUAAAAAGGAUUUCUUUGGCAAGUCUGACCCUUUCCUGGAAUUUUAUAGGCAGACAGAGACUGGAUGGCAGCUGGCACACAGGACAGAGGUGGUGAAAAACAAUCUAAACCCAAAUUGGAGACCAUUCCGUAUCCCGCUGCAAUCCCUCUGUGGAGGUGACGUGGAGAAACCCAUUAAGGUGGAUUGUUUUGACUACAACAACAGCGGAUCUCAUGACUUUAUUGGAUGCUUUGAGACAACACUUGUACAAAUACAGCAGGCAUCACAAACAUAUGCUGCUGAGUUUGACUGCAUCAACAGCAAGAAGAAACAAAAGAAGAAAGGAUAUAAAAACUCCGGUGUUAUCAUUAUAAAAAAGUGCCAGGUUGUAAAGGAGUACACGUUCCUGGAUUACAUAAUGGGUGGCUGCCAGAUCAACUUCACUAUUGCAAUUGAUUUCACUGGCUCUAACGGGGAUCCAAGUACCCCUCAGUCUUUGCAUUACAUCAACCCUCAUGGCUUCAAUGAAUACCUGGCUGCUAUCUGGGCAGUGGGUAACGUCAUCCAGGACUAUGACAGUGACAAGAUGUUUCCUGCCUUUGGAUUCGGAGCUAAGAUCCCGCCUACGAUGCAGGUCUGUCAUGAGUUCCCCAUUAACUUCAACCCAUCAAACCCGUUUUGUGCAGGUAUAGAGGGUGUGGUCCAGGCCUACCAGCAGUGCCUUCCCCAGGUGAGGCUUUACGGUCCCACAAACUUCUCCCCAAUCAUCAACCAUGUUGCCUGUUUCGGCAGGCAGGCUAUCCAGCAAAAUACUGCCUCUCAAUACUAUGUGCUGUUGAUCAUCACUGACGGAGUGAUCACUGACAUGGACGAGACUCGCAAUGCCAUCGUCAAUGCCUCCCAACUGCCCAUGUCCAUAAUCAUUGUCGGGGUUGGGGGAGCCGACUUCAGCGCCAUGGAGUUCCUGGAUGGAGAUGAUGGGAUUUUGCGCUCUGCUACAGGACAGGCUGCCAUGAGAGACAUUGUGCAGUUUGUUCCUUUCAGGCAGUUUCAAAAUGGUCCUCAGGAAAUUCUCGCUCAGAGCGUGCUGGCUGAAGUUCCCGGCCAGGUCACGGGCUUCUUCAACACUAUGAGACUGGGACCGCCUAACAGCAACACUCCUCCACUAGAGAUUUCAGCAUCUGCACCUCCGAGUGAUGCAUCCUGACUUGGACCAACCCCUCUCUUUAGCGCACUAGUAACUGCAUAUGCACAAACACUCAAUCUUUUAUUGAUAUUUUAUUAUUAUCUUAUAUAUGCAUGUAGCCUUCAGUCAUGUUCUUAUUUGUUAUUACCAACAGUAUGACGCAUAGUGCACUGAUAUCAUCAAAUGUGUCCUAGCAUCUACUAAUAAGCACUAAACAUAAAAUAUGAUGUGACUUCUACACAUAGUCACUGUCUCAAGUGCCAGACAUUUUUUACAUUAAAAAUUUGUAUAUUUGAUUAAUCGGAAGAAUAAUUAUUUGAAACAAGUGUUACUUAACACAAGCUUUUUUUUUUUGAAAACCCGAGGCAGCUAACAUCAGCCUUUUCAUUAACAAUAUGUCAAGUCUUUUUGACAUAUGCACCCCUGAAAGUUUCUAGAAAAUCUAAAGACACCUUUCCUUAUCUCCUCAUCUUUCCUGUUUACUGAUGCAGCUCACAGUGGGUGGGGAUGUAGCUCACCCUAAAAAUUUCAGAAAUUUUCUGCAGUUCUGUGCAUUUUUGAAAACACCUUAACAUCUGCUGAACUCUGCUGAAUUUGCUCCUCGUGACCCUUUUAGAUUCCCUUCAGUUUCUCCCUGAAGCUGAGUAUACACUGUGUUAUUUCAGACUUAUUUCAACCCAAUUUGAUUUUAAAGUCAAGCAGAAUCUUACACUAACACGAACAUGCUUUGCUAGCUCAGUCUUAUAAUAACUAAGGUAAUGUGUGGAGAAUGAUGUCUUUUUCAUGAACAAAUUAAGCCAUAACUGUCUUGAGUUUUUCAUGUAUUAGCAAGUAUAGGUGCCAUGCAUCCUGCAUGGGUACAAAGCUGAUGGAGGGGACAGGAGUAUUUAGACUGAUGUUUCUGUGUGAAAAGUAAAAAAAGAAUACAAGGUAAUCUUUUCCACAAUUCGCAGCAUGAUUUUAUCUAACUUAAUAUUCUGCUUUGAACAAAUGUUUGCUGGCAUUUACAGCAAAAUUACAUUUCCCAUUUCACAUUUACCUGCUUGGCAUGUCCAACCGUUUGCAAUUUGAAGAAGUGGAUCACAGACAACAUCAUCAGACCUUGAUUUUUAUAUGUGACUGCUCUGUGUAGACAGGUGCUACCUUUGCCAGGGACAUUCCCUAAAGGUCCCGUUCAUUGCAAAUCUAUGGUCUGAACCAGGCUUUAGUUGAGCAGAAAUCAUUGGCAAUCAUCGCCUAUCAUUGUAUUAUAGUUGGUAUAUGCCUUUAGGAACGAGCAUGAAUUCCCCUGUAAUUCAGAUGAAGUCCCAAGACUUCCUUUUCAAUGUAGCAUUUAUGUCUGUAACGUAAUUGCUGUCAUUUAUUUGUCCAAAACAUCCCGGAGUACCAUCGUAUUAGUUCAACAGCAGAAUGUCCAUAAAACAGCAGCUUUUCUCAUGCUCACGUUGGCAGUAUGAGCCUAAAAUGUCAUGUUCUGAUGUGUUUCUGGAGGUAGGUAGUAGUAAUCACCAAGCACAUGAACUGGAGUACUUAUAGAUCUGACUUCUGCCUUCAUCUGUGGGGGAAUUCAAAGGAAACUGUACUGGCAACUGUGGGUCAGUGGUUGAGUUGCUUUAAUUAUGUUCACCAAUUCACAACAAUGAUCUUUCCUGAUUUAACACAUACAGUGUGAGCACAUAAUUCAUGAGCUUUGUUCACAUCAGAAAUAAUGUAUUCGCUUAGUGUGACCUGAUGUUCCACUACAGUAAUUUCAUAAUCAUACAGUAUAUUCUGACCUAAAAACAAUCAUCUUUUGUUAGUUUUCAUGCUUACAAAUUUCUCUCAUCAAUGAAGAAUACCUCUUUUAAAUCAUGGACAAAUCUCUGGGUGCAGAAAAACAAUUCGGACUUGUUUACAUACCAGAUGCCUACACAGUGGAUCAACAGGUUUGUUUAAAUGAAAAUCUCCAGUAGCUUUACACAGCAGGAGCUUUAAUAUUGUGUCUGUGCUGUCUUUUUUUUACCUUAAUCAGUUUCUUUUUUUUAAAUGCAGUUAUUUAAUUGAAUAACAGACUUUUUAUAAUGCAUGCAAAGGGGAUACCUGGAAACAAUUCUUAUCAAUUACUGCAUGUUUACACUUCUCUAUGUUAGAUAUUUACAAUGUCUUAAAAAAAAAAGAAAAAAAAACCUUCAACCUCACACUCGACCAGACUGUUAAGAAAAUUACCUGAUAUAUUUCACUAAAUGUCAAAGUAUUAUUGUGUUUUUUGUUUUUUUUUUGCACCAAUGACAUUGCUUUGUAUAAAGCAGGGGUCUUGUAUACCAGUCUUUGUCAUACAGUAGAUUAUGAUCUGACCAGUAUUUGAUGUAAAUAUGAUUUUACAAAAGGAAGAAAAUCGCCAGCUUUUACUACAUUAUGUUAAAGACUAUUAUUUGAAAGAUGUGUGUUUAUGUUUGUACUGCUGCCUUCUGUCUACUGACAUUAAAAAUCUAUAUGUAUUU